AGCAGAUUCUAAACAUUAGCUGCUGGCGCCUGGAGGCCGAGGGGCUGGUUGAGUUACAGCUGAGAGGGGGUUGUUUUUGACGCUUGAGCGACUUGUUUUUAAAUAUAAAAGCCUGUAUAAACCCGUGUUACACCUGUAGGGAUGUCCACUCCUGCACGAAGACGGCUCAUGAGGGAUUUUAAAAGACUUCAAGAGGAUCCCCCAGCCGGAGUUAGUGGUGCCCCUUCAGAAAACAACAUCAUGGUGUGGAACGCAGUUAUAUUUGGACCUGAGGGGACUCCCUUUGAGGAUGGUACAUUCAAGUUGACUGUAGAGUUCACAGAAGAAUACCCUAACAAACCACCCACAGUCAGAUUCAUUUCAAAGAUGUUUCAUCCAAAUGUAUAUGCAGAUGGAAGUAUAUGUCUCGAUAUUCUACAAAAUCGAUGGAGUCCGACUUACGAUGUCUCUUCAAUUCUUACCUCAAUCCAGUCUUUGCUUGAUGAACCGAACCCAAACAGUCCAGCUAACAGUCAGGCUGCACAGCUCUACCAGGAGAACAAACGGGAGUAUGAGAAGCGUGUGUCCGCCAUCGUCGAGCAGAGCUGGAGGGACAGUUGACCUCUCUCAGAAGAAUCCAGAACUUUGUGUGAUGCUAGUUUAACCGAGUGAAUUGUGAAGCAUCUCGUUGCACCCUGCCCUCCUCCUUUCUUUCUGUCUUUCUCUCUGUCCCUCUCUCUCUCACACCCACCGACAUACAGCUCAAAUGCACUUUACCCCACCCCACCCCCCUCCUUGGAGUACUUGCUCUGUCCUAUUCAGCCUUGACCACCUGCCAACUCUCUGUCGAAGAAGUAACCAAAUACGAUGCUGGCCUGUUGCUGUAGAAACGUGGACUAAACAAUAUAUGCAAGGGCCUUUGUAUUUUUUUAAAGAAGUGGAGUCAAACUCCUGUGGACUGACACAGUACUGGCCUGCCAUCGUUGCAUUUGUCUGUGCCUGGUUUGGAACUGACCUACAAGCGACCCUUCACCAAUUAUGCUGUAUCGUGUGCUGUUACAUGCCUGGAAGUGUGAUUUUAUAUACCAUAAUGUUUGUCAACUUGCCUCUCAUGUAUCAUAUUGUAAAAAAACAACAAAAAAUACACCUUAAAGUUCAUGUACAGUA